UAAAUGCAUCAAAAAGAAGCAUGAUUCAUCAACUACUGAAAUGAACAAUUUGAUUUCAAAAUUAUUAUAUAUAUAAAUUAUAAAAGUGAACAUAUGAAAUUUGGUCUGUGUAAAAAGUCGUAAAAAAAAUGAUCUAGGGCUAUAAAUAGUUCAUUUCAUUUUCAGACGACUUUUCAGAAGAAAUUUGUUUGAACCCUCGAAGAAUCCCAAAAUUACGAAACCCUAGAUUUUUUAUUCCAUCCUUGAUGUAACACCUCAGUCUCGUUAUUGACAAGCAUAAACCUGCGAUUCAGAAUCUUUUCCUGCUCCGAUUUUUGAUAGCAAUGGCGAAAACCAGAACAGGCAAGCGAGACUUGGAAUCUUUCACCAUCAGAGGCACCAACAAAGUGGUCAGAGCUGGGGAUUCCGUGUUGAUGAGACCUUUGGAGAACGAGAAAAACCCAUAUGUGGCUCGUGUGGAGAGAGUCGAGUCUGAUGUGAAGGGAAACGUGAAGGUUCAAGUUAGAUGGUACUAUCGUCCAGAGGAAGCAAUUGGAGGGCGACAGAAGUUUCAUGGAUCGAAAGAAUUGUUCUUAUCAGAUCACUAUGAUACUCAAAGUGCUAAUACAAUUGAAGGUAAGUGUAUUGUUCAUACCUUCAAGAAUUACACCAAGCUUCGGGAUGUUGGAGCCGAGGACUACUUUUGUCGAUUUGAGUACAAGGCUGCUAACGGAGGAUUCAAUCCUGACAGUGUCGCUGUGUAUUGCAAAUGCGAGAUGCCAUAUAAUCCUGAUAACAUGAUGGUACAGUGUGACGCUUGCAGAGACUGGUAUCAUCCGGAAUGCUUAAACAUGACUAUUGAUCAGGCAAAGGAAAUAGGUAUCUUUACGUGUUCUGAUUGCUCAUCUGUAGAUAGUAAGAGAUCUGACAGUGGAAGUUCUUCAUCUGCUCUUGUCAAUGACAAGGAGGAACACAAGCGCAAAAGGGAUGAUUUCACUUGAAGUGCCAUGUUUUUAUGGGUGUUGUGUAGUUCAGAAAAUGUUAUAUGCUCAGUAGUUUUGAUAAGAAGUCAUAAUAAAUGAACAAAGUGUUUGUAUAAUAGGAUUGAUAGUUUUGUGUGAUAUAGAAUUUAACAAGCAACUCAAGCUUGCGUUCAAGCUUAAAUCGAUGUCAAAUGCAUAAUAAAACUCACUUAAUUUAA